AUGAGUCGUCUUGGUAAUAUCGAUACUUCACAUAAACGACUUCCUGAUAAUAACGACGAUGAACCAUUGACAUCAACUAUGAAUGACAUGCGCCGAGCUUCUAUAGCAUCAAAUCAAGAACCAUUGGCAUCAACUAUGAAUGAAAUGCGUCGGGCUUCAACAGCAUCAAAUCAAGGAGCCUCGGGACAAGUAUCUUCUCCUCGCGUUAAUAUCAAAACCAAAUGGCAACAAUAUGGAACUACCAUUGCUGGAGGAAAUUGCCAAGGCAAACAAUUAAAUCAACUCUCUUCUCCUUAUGGCAUCUAUAUUGAUGAUGAUGAUCAAUGUAUUUAUAUUGCUGACUGUGACAAUCAUCGUAUUCUUGAAUGGAAAUAUAAUGCAGAGAUUGGUCAAACGGCUGCAGGUGGAAAUGGAUAUGGAAACCGUAUGGAUCAAUUGAAUGGACCAACUGAUAUGAUUGUUGAUCAACAGAAUGAUUCUCUUAUUAUUUGCGAUUUGGGAAACAGACGAGUGGUACGAUGGUUUCGUCGAAAUGCUACAAAAGAAGAAACAAUCAUUUCUGAUGUUGAUUGUUAUAGCCUAACAAUGGAUAACUAUGGAGAUCUUUAUAUUUCUGACUUUGAACAACAUGAAGUGAGACGAUGGAAAAUAGGAGAAACAAAUGGAAUAAUUGUAGCAGGUGGAAAUGGAAAAGGAAAUCAUCUCAAUCAACUCAAUCAACCCACUUCGCUUUUCAUGAAAGGUGCAAAUGAAGGAAUUGUUGUUGCUGGUGGACAAGGUGAAGGAAAUAGUUUGACACAAUUGUCUUAUCCUGAAGGAGUGUUUGUCGAUCAUUGGGGUCAUGUCUAUGUUGCUGACUCUUACAAUCAUCGAAUAAUGCGCUGGUUAAAAGGAUCUAAAGAAGGUCGGAUUAUCGUUGGUGGAAAUGGAAAAGGAGAACAACCAAAUCAGUUCAAUCUUCUCAGAGGUUUAUCAAUUGAUCGCCAAGGUAAUCUCUAUGUCGCUGAUAAUUCGAAUCAUCGAGUACAAAAAUUUGAAAUUGAUUUAAAUUAA